GUCUGUCUGCAGGUUUUGAGCAUCUGAAGUGGAUCCCUGAACCUGAGUGUCUGCUGCCAUCCCCUCAUCCUCUGCAGAAAUGUCUGUCACCUAUGAUGAUUCUGUGGGAGUGGAAGUGUCCAGUGACAGCUUCUGGGAGGUUGGAAACUACAAACGGACUGUGAAGCGGAUCGAUGAUGGCCACCGCCUGUGUGGUGACCUCAUGAACUGUUUGCAUGAGCGAGCACGCAUUGAGAAGGCAUAUGCACAGCAGCUCACUGAGUGGGCCCGACGCUGGAAGCAGCUUGUAGAGAAGGGACCACAGUAUGGGACUGUGGAGAAGGCCUGGAUGGCUGUCAUGUCUGAAGCAGAGAGGGUGAGUGAGCUGCACCUGGAAGUGAAGGCGUCACUGAUGAAUGAAGACUUUGAGAAGAUCAAGAACUGGCAGAAGGAAGCCUUUCACAAACAGAUGAUGGGAGGCUUCAAGGAGACCAAGGAAGCAGAGGAUGGCUUCCGGAAGGCCCAGAAGCCCUGGGCCAAGAAGCUGAAAGAGGUAGAAGCAGCAAAGAAAGCCCACCACACAGCAUGCAAAGAGGAGAAACUGGCCAUCUCUCGAGAAGCCAACAGCAAAGCGGAUCCAUCGCUCAACCCUGAACAGCUGAAGAAACUGCAAGACAAGAUAGAAAAAUGCAAGCAGGAUGUCCUGAAGACCAAGGACAAGUAUGAGAAGGCCCUGAAGGAGCUUGAUCAGACCACACCCCAGUACAUGGAGAACAUGGAGCAGGUGUUUGAGCAGUGCCAGCAGUUUGAAGAGAAGCGCUUGCGCUUCUUCCGGGAGGUUCUGCUGGAGGUUCAGAAGCACCUGGACCUGUCCAAUGUGGCUAGCUACAAAACCAUUUACCGAGAGCUGGAGCAGAACAUCAAAGCAGCUGAUGCAGUAGAGGACCUGAGGUGGUUCAGAGCCAACCAUGGGCCAGGCAUGGCCAUGAACUGGCCACAGUUUGAGGAGUGGUCUGCAGAUCUGAAUCGAACUCUCAGCCGGAGAGAGAAGAAGAAGGCUGCUGAUGGUGUCACCCUAACAGGAAUCAACCAGACAGGGGACCAUUCUGGGCAGAACAAGACUGGCAGUGUCAGCAGCUACGAGAAGACUCAGAAUUACCCUGCUGACUGGUCUGAUGACGAGUCUAACAACCCCUUCACCACGGAUGCCAAUGGGGACUCUAACCCAUUUGACGAGGACACUACCUCAGGAUCGGAAGUGCGAGUUCGGGCCCUCUAUGACUAUGAGGGGCAGGAACACGAUGAGCUGAGCUUCAAGGCUGGAGAUGAACUGACCAAGAUAGAGGACGAGGAUGAACAGGGUUGGUGCAAGGGACGCUUGGACAGCGGUCAGGUUGGCCUAUAUCCAGCCAACUACGUUGAGGCUAUCCAGUGACAGGCCAUGGGCAGGCUGGCGGAGAGACGGAAGUGGGGAGUUCAGGAGCUCCGUUAGCCUUAGCCUGUGCAGCACCCCCAGCAGCCAUGUUGGCAUCCACUCCACCUGCAAACGAUGAUGGUUGUGUUAGGCUUCCUGGUGUGUUUUGAAGGCAGAUGAACUGGUGAUUUCACUGGGGACUUGGCCCCUUUCCAAGCACAUCUGGGCAGAUCUAGGCACAGGAAGACAUGGUCCAACAGCGAAAGCCAAGCCCCUCCCUACCCGUACCAUCUCUUUGUAUCAUGGAUCUGCACCUUCUUGCCCUUAUCUCUCCUGAGUCAAUGAUGGAUCACACUGAUUCUUGUUCCACUGAUUAUUUUCUCUGAUGAAUCCCUGCCUACAAGUUCAGUGAACAAACUUUAACGCCAUUUUCUGAGUAAAGAGUUUGAGGUUUUAAUUUAAAGGCAAUGUACAGUUAUACUUUUUUAUAUGCUCUUCCAGUCACGUAAAUUAUGGCCUACAUUGAUCUGA